CGUCCAUGAGACAUUGUUAGGUGAUCGAUGACUGCGUAAGAAGCGUUCAGUCUCCGUACUUUCUUAUCUAAAAGCUCCGAAAGCAGCCUUCUAUACCAGUGCGUAUAAAGGUUGCUUCUGAACGAGGCGGACGAGCCAUCAGCGUAUUCAUCCAUCCAGCUCGACUUUUCGACGUUAUUUUCGCUUUUCCGAAAUUCGUCACAUAACCUCUUCGCUCGAUUUCACAAUCGAACCAUGAAGCUGUUUUGCGUCUUCCUUGUCGCCCUGGCCUGCGUCGGCGGAACGAUGGGAAAUGGACUCAAGUGUACACUUAAACCUGCCAAUGUACCAACAUCAUGGAUAGAUAUCGUUGAUCCAUGCGUAAAAGUCAUGGAAUCUCAAGUCAAAACCGAAAUCGCAGCUGCCAUGAAAUAUCUCGCAAUGGGCGCUCACUUUGCACGAGAUACUAUAAAUCGCCCAGGUUUUAGCAAAUUCUUUUUUGAAAGUGCAAGCGAAGAGAGGGAACAUGCAAUAAAAAUCAUUGAAUAUUUGCUGAUGCGUGGGCAACUUACAAAUGAUGUUAGUAAACUCCUCAAGUUUCCUGUGAUUUUAAAUAACAAUGAUACAAAUAUUCGUCAAGAGUGGCUCAGUGCAGAAGAAGCUCUCAGUGAUGCUUUGAAAUUAGAAGCUGAAGUUACACGUAGCAUUCGUAACAUAAUCAUAACUUGCGAGAAUCCAAAAGAAACGGAGACAUCUUCUUUCAAUGAUUAUCACUUGGUGGACUACCUCAUUACUGACUUCUUGGAGGAGCAACAUAAGGGACAACGUGAUCUCGCCGGCAAACUCUCAACUUUAGGAAAAAUGAUGCAAACACACGGACAAUUGGGAGAAUUUUUGUUUGAUAAAAAACUGUUGAACGGUGAAAUCUAAAUUUUGAUGAUUGAGAUUUGUUCAAUUCGAAAUAUUUUUAUAGAAAUAGAUGUUUAUAAAAAUUAUGAUGGCCAUAUUUAGAAUAUUGAUAAUUAAU